AUGGCGUCGCUGAAGCCGAUCCACAAGCCUCUGAACGCAUACAGGAUGACUGCGACACUCAAGAACUUCGCCUACAAGCUAUCCUCGACGUUGUCGUCUUCUCAGGUGCCGACAUUGAAGAAAGAUGGCGAGUUCUCAAAAGCUCGAAAGACGGAGGAUCUAUUCCCCACCACCGACCCCGCGAUAGACGGCGACGACUGUCUGCAGGACUGCGCAACUUGCACGAUCAAGUACCCGCGCAAAUUCGACAUCGAUGAGACAGAAGAGCUGUACGGGCAUGUGAAAGGAUGGCAGACGCAUUUGAUCGUUGCGACCGGGAAGACGGAUUGGGUGCGAGAUGUUGCGGAUGAGAAGGGAAGCAUCAUGGAGGCGGUCGACAGAGGGGAUGUGAAGCCUAGCAACGGGAAACUCAUGCUGUCCGCAUCUGACAUGCCUAUUCCUGAUCACUCAGACACCAGCUCGAUGGUUUUGCUGCUGCCAUCAUGGCAGUUUAUCGAGAACGUCACACCCGCGAAUGUCCCCGACCUUAUCACUGGCUACGUAAAUCGAAGUUCAACGAAUGACUCGCCUCUACACCACAAACCUAUUACAUCGUCACAGUCAUCGUCGGCGCCGCCAGCGGGGUCGUCAACAGAUUCGGCUUCAAUAGCUGCAGGCGACGCAAUACCACCUGCGAUAUCGACGAAUUUGAAUCUGAAAGCGCGGCCGUGUCCACACAAAUACCUCAUCCUUCUGUGUAGUCAAAAAACUCGUGAUGCACGCUGCGGUCAGUCGGCACCGCUUCUGCGUCGCGAAUUCGAGCGACAUCUACGGCCGUUGGGGCUCUACCGCGAUCUGCACGAUGAGCGACCUGGUGGGGUAGGGAUAUACUUCAUCAGCCAUGUUGGUGGCCACAAAUUCUCAGCGAACGUCAUGGUGUACCGACACUCAUCGACUGUAGAGCACCCGAACGAGGCCAACGGCCACGCCAAUGGGGUUCAGGAGGCGCUGGAAGAGCUGAAGAUCGAGUCAGACAAGGACCACGAAGUUGUUCUAGAUGCGGACAAAGAGCAACAGGCCGAGAGCGAUGGCGAGGCUGCUCAAUGUAUAUGGCUAGCACGCGUUCGACCGGAGGACUGUGAGAACAUUAUCAGAUAUACCUUACUUCAAGGUAAGGUUGUCAAGCCUGAACGGCAGUUGAGAGGAGGGUUCGAUCGAUCCAAACAGCUAGCGAGUUGGUGA